GAGUUUUAACUUUAACUUUAAUAAAGGAAGUCAAGCACUUUGUUUAGAUUUUUAAAUAUACUUAGCUUUAUCACAUUAAUUAAUCUUCAUGAGUGUGCUAGCGCCUCGUCUGUUUCUAGAGAAGCUCAGGUCGCACAAUUUGACGGAGUCGAUCAAGGCUGAUGAGGAUCAAGUCAAUUCUUUAGAGCGACAGUCUGCAAGUCUGCGAAGUGCGUUGGAAAAAGAGAAUAAAAUGGUAGAUAAUCUCACUAAGCUUCAGGAGGAAUUUGAAAACGUGAAGGCUGAGCUCGAGAACGAGUACACUCAAGCACAGUUAAAGGACAAGUUAGCGCGCGAGGAUAUCUCGGCCGAGUUCCAGGCCCACAUUGCCCGUGUUACGGAGGUGGAAAGUGAAAUUGGGCAGAAACUAGCCGCGGAGAUAGAAAGGGCGAAUAGCCUAGGCCAGAAGAAGGAGCUCUUUGAAAGCCGCCUACCGGAUCUUAGGAUUCAACACGAUAAAAUGAUUUCCUACCUUGGCCAUGAGGUGGAGAAUAUUCAGAAAAAACAAGAUGACGCCCCUUCGUAUAUUCAGCAGGUUAAAAAGGAAUUGGAGGAGCAGAGCGCACAACUUGAGAAGGUCCGGCAAGAGCAUGACGAGGUAAGGCGCCAAGUCGAUGUCUAUGCCCAGCGCUUUGUCGGCAUUAAAGAGAAUCUUGAUAAGACCAAAGAAGCCUAUGAAAAAGCUAGCGUAGACAAGGAACGUCGGGUUCGCCAGAUGCGUACUUUGGAGAACGACCGCGCGGCCGCUAUCGCGCGGGCUCAGCGCGUGCAGAAAGAGCGAAAUGCGGAGGCCGAACGCGUUUCAGUCCUCGACGCUAAGGCUGAGACGCUUCGUAAACAAAUCAAAAAAUUCCAGGAGUUGACUUCUAUAUUUGAGCAAUCAAUAACUGGUUGUAAAUCAAAUGCAGCAGAAUCGGAAGCUGCUCAAAAGAAAAACGAAUAGGUGCGUAGUAAGCUAACUAUUUUAUGUGCGAUUGCCCCAUUUUGCGCAUUAUAUGUGAUCGGUUAUGUUGUUUUUACUGCAGUUUGUUAAAUUAUGGGUUCACGGCUACUACAAUAAUGAGGAUUAAAAUGUCUGAAUGGUAGUGAACCUGAAGAACCCAUCAAAAAAAAAAAAUGCAAGCGCCCACAAUGUAAAUGUUUUUACAAUUUCUAAA